AUGAACAAUUUUAUAAAAUCAACUUCGCCAUCAGCCACUAAUCAACAAAUAUACCAACAACAACAACAACAACAACAACAGCAGCAGCAGCAGCAGCAGCAAGGAAGAAGUAGAUCAGGAACAUUGCCAACAUCCUUCACCACACGCAACCAAUUGACUCCCAAUGGUCAUAACUUAUCCAGUGCAAACAAUAAUAAUGCACUCACCAGCUCAUUAACUAGUAGUCCAAUUUAUCACAGUGAAUCCCAGACUAGCAAUAAUGCCAAUCACGACUUCUUGUUGAACAUCCCCACCAGUAAGGAUACCAUAUCAACAUCUCCACUACACAAUAGUUUUAUAUCAAAUUCAUCAAUAACGAACCCCAAUGGUAAUAUCAAUCUAAAUUUAAAUGUUGAAUCAGGAAAUUUAAGUACUACCCCUACUAGAAGAAUGAGAUCAGGAUCAUUAUUUUCAACUAAUUCAAUUUGGAACGAUGACAAUAACUCAUCCAACAGUAAUCAUAGCUUGCACUCAGAAUUUAUAAUAAGUCCUUCAUUGGAUGCAUCUUCCCCUUCUCAUCAUCAGCAACACCUACACCAACAACAGCAGCAACAGCAACAACAGCAACAGCAACAGCAACAGCAACAAUCUCAGUACCAACAGUCAUCUUUCCGUAAUAGAUCAUACACUACUAAUGCAGCCAUUCCUAGUGUUACCAUCAAUGCAACUGCUGAAUCGUUUAAUAAUCAUGGCAAUCCAACCUAUAAUACAGGGUACUAUAGAGGUAGCCAAAACAAAGUAUCAACAUCACCAUUCAUCUCCAUUGGGGGUAAAACUAAUGAUGUCAAUUUACAAGUGGAUAAUUUUAUGUUGAAUGGGGAUGAGAAAACAACAGCAGCAACAACAACAGCACCUAGAAUCAGAUCACAAACUUAUUCUGGCAGUACACCACCUGGUGUCAAUGAACAAAUCUUCACAAAUACAACAGCUGCUGCACCAUUGGGAACAAGAUUACAAUUAAACCCACAGCAAGAUUCCUUCCAAGCUCAAUUGAAUAACCCCAUUUUGGAAAAUUCUGAUUUCUCCACAAAACAAGACAUUCAACCGGAUUUAAUUGAUGAAUUUGAUUUCUCGCAAUUGAUGAUUACGACAAAUUUUGAAAAUACCAAUUUGGGCCCAACAAGAUACCUCUUGUUUGAUAAUAUGCCAUUAUAUGUUGAUUCAAUCAAAUUAUUUACCAUUUUAAUCAAUUCCAAUAAUCAUAAAUCAUUUGGUAGUGUAGUUAGUGUCAAAAUGACCAUCACUACAACUUCAAAAUUGGCAUUAGUUGAAUGUACGAAUAUAGAAACUGCCAUGAAUUUGAAAGCAAAUUUCAAUCAUUUGGAAAUUGCUCCUGGUAACACAUUGUAUGUUGCAUUUGCCAAGAUUGAAGAACCAAGAAUUGAUUUGCAUCAUCUGCCUUUGAAAUCAAUUGUUGAACCUAAUUCGAACAACAACAGUCAAGUGAAGAGUAUUAGGGGACAAAGUAACUCACCCCAAUCCGUCUUGUCGAAACAAGGAUCUAUUUCCUCAGCUGAGAUGAACGGCAAUGCCAAUAACAAUGGAAAUAAUGGAAACAAUGGGACCACUGCAGCAACUGCUAAUACAAGCAAUGUCCUUGAAUCAAUCGCCAAAUUAUCCUCAACAGUUGACUUGAAUAAAAUUCAAUCUAUAAUCAACAAAUGUGUCGCCUACCCCAAUGACAAUUAUCGUUCCGAUUUCGGUCCAUUACCCGAUCCUAUACCUUCAAGACAAUUUGAUUCACCAACAUUACGAGAAUUGAGAAAAGUUUUAGAAAACAAAGAAGCUGGAUUAUUUGAACAGGUAAUUGACUCUAGUUUCAGUCAAGUCACAAUAGAUGAAUUGGCAUUAGCCAUGCUUGAUGAAUUACCUGAAAUAUGUUAUGAUUACUUGGGAAACACAAUUGUUCAAAAAUUGUUCACAUUACUUGAUAAUGAUGAAAAUGGUGAUUCAUUGGUUAAAUUAAUGAUGGUUAAAGAAAUCGCUCCAUAUUUGACUCAAUUGGGAAUCCACAAGAAUGGGACAUGGGCAAUUCAAAAAAUUAUCAAUUUAUGCCACGCAGAUUUUCAACAAAUGUAUUUGAUUGGAGCUAGUUUGAAACCAUAUGCUGUCAAGUUGUUCAAUGAUCAAUUUGGAAAUUACGUAAUUCAAGGAUGUAUUAAAUUUGGGUCCCCAUUCAAUGACUUUGUAUUUGAAGCCAUGGUGGAUAAUUUUCUUGAAAUUAGUUUUGGAAGGUAUGGAGCAAGAUGUAUUCGAACCAUAUUGGAAAGUAGCAACAAUCAUGAUUUAAACAACAAUUCUAAUAGACAAGCGGGCCUGGUUUCUGUGUCGAAUGAACAAGUGUUGUUAGUUGCUGGAUUAAUUGUUGAAUUUGCAAAUGAGUUAGCAGUCAAUUCAAAUGGAAGUUUAUUGAUUACGUGGUACUUGGAUACAUUUGAAUCACAUAAUGGGUCAAAAAUUGAAUUAAUUGUUGAUAAAUUCUUGCCUAAUAUGAAAAACCUUUGUGCUCAUCGAUUAGCAAAUUUAACCAUUUUGAAAAUUUUAAAUAAUAACACCACUAGUCAAAAUGAGAAAGAUGUUAAACAAGCAUUGAUUAAUGCCAUUUUUGCAAACACGGAAAAUUUAAAAUUUAUCUUGCAAGAAAGAAGUGAUGAUAAUAACUUGAAUGCGGGACCAUUAUUUAUCUACAAGAUCCUCAGUAACCCAAUUCUUGCUGAAUUGACAACUCCUUACCUACCGGCAAUAAAGAGGAUUUUGAUGGAGAUUAAUAUUAUUAAUUUUCAUAAUUAUAAAAAGUUGAUGGAUGAAGUCGGAUUAUCGAGUAGUCGAUCGGGUAAACCAUUUACAUCAAAACGAGGUGGUGGAUCAGGAGGAAACAAUGGUGGUGGCGGUGGUCAUAAUCAUCAUAAUGGAAGACGAGGACAAAGGAAUGGGAAUGCUAAAUACGAUUCUUAUCAUCAACAACAGCAACCACCGCCACUUGCAACAAGUUUUCAUUCACAACCUCAUAUUCAACAACAAUUCUCCAUGCAACAAAUUUCACCACAAUCGUAUCCAUAUGUGCCUCUUGUUCAAGGUCAACCGCAACCACAACCGCAAAGUCAUUAUGUAACUCAACAACCAUCGGCAUACAUGAAACAAUACUAUGCUCAACAAGCCAUGGCCCAAGCACAACAAGCACAACAACAACAACAACAACAACAACGGUACUAUCAACUGACACACUUACCACAACAAGGGGGCCCUCCAGUACAACCCCUGCCCCAAGAAUUAGCAGUUAUGCAACAAUUGGAACAAUUAUCAUUGAGCAGUGCUGCUUUGGGAUACAAUUCAAAUCCAGGUACACCAACAGUCCAGAGAAAUCUGUACAUGUAA